AAAAUUGCUGGAAUUUCCGGAGCUCUAGCUGUCGCGUUAGGAGCUUAUGGUGCACACGGGUUGAAAUGUAAGCAGGAAUACAAGGAAAUAUGGUCUAAUGGUAAUCGAUAUCAUAUGUUUCAUUCAAUCGCUCUGCUUGCACUUUCUCGAGCUAAUGUAAACCGUGCUGAUAUGGCUGGAAGUUUGCUACUGGCUGGUAUGGUAGUAUUUAGUGGCAGUUGUUAUAUCGCCGCUUUGGCUGAAAAAAGAUCUUAUGGUCGAUUGGCGCCUUUUGGUGGUACCAUGAUGAUCAUCGGUUGGGCUGUCAUG